CUGCGCACAGCUGUCAGCCCACCUCCGUCCGGCGGAGGAGUCAGAGCGCGAGCUGAGGCCCAGUUAUUUGCCUUGGCACCGCUGGAGCGAUCAUGUUACUCAAUGCAGAAUUUGUCAGAGCUCCUAGCACCGGGCGCUGAAAUCCGAUCACCGGCACUUUUCACUGGGAGCUAGUAUUGAAAUGACAAAAGAAGACCCUUUUGUAGAACCCUCCAAUGAUGAGGACUCUGUGAGUGGAAGUUACAGCACUGUAUCCUCAGAUUCUGUGAGGCCAGUUGUUCAUCCAGUCGUUUCAGCACCUAUGCCUACUGAUUGUGAAUUUUCCUUCUUUGAUCCACAUGACCCAGCAUGCAAAAGAAUACUACGUGAUCUUAACACAACUGUUUCAGAAUUGUUUGCUAUCUUGCGUCAGUGGGUCCCACAAGUGCAGCAACAGAUUGAUGUGAUUGGGAAUGAGAUUCUGAGUCGAGGAUGCCAUGUGAAUGACAGAGAUGGAUUGACAGAUAUGACAUUACUACAUUACACUUGCAAAGCUGGAGCUCAAGGAAUUGGAGAUGCAGAAAUUGCUGCCAAGUUUGCUUCACAGUUGAUCGACAUGGGAGCUGAUGUCACUCUUCGUAGCCGUUGGACAAAUAUGAAUGCUUUGCACUAUGCAGCUUACUUUGAUGUUCCUGAGCUGAUAAGAGUAGUUCUAAAGGAUGCAAAUGCUGGAGAUGUGGAUGCCACUUGCAGCGAUUUCAAUUUUGGAACAUCUCUGCACAUUGCGGCGUCAAACCUCUGCUUGUCAGCUGUGAAAUGUUUAUUGGAACAUGGAGCCACUCCUGUCUUUAGGAAUGAUAAAGGACAGAUGCCUGUCGAUAUUGUUCCUGACCCCUUGGAUAUGCCGCUCGAGAUGGCUGAGGCAGCAGCAGUUGCCAAAGAACUGAAACAGAUGCUUCUGGAUGCAAUACCGCUGACAUGCGACAUAUCAAAAGCCAUGUUGACAAACUAUGAUCACAUCUCAGGCAAGGCACUACUGAUGUCGCUGGGCCUAAAGCUGGGAGAGAGAGUGAUGAUUGCAGGGCAAAAGGUUGGCACGCUACGAUUUUGUGGCACCACUGAAUUUGCCAGUGGCCAGUGGGCAGGGAUUGAGCUGGAUGAACCAGAGGGAAAGAAUGAUGGAAGUAUUUGUGGCAUUCAGUAUUUUAGCUGUCCCAUUAAACACGGGAUUUUUGCACCACUUUCCAAGAUUAGCAAAGUACCCAUGGUAAAAAAGAGUGUCACAAGGACAUCAAGUAAAACAUCAACUCCUGUCCGAUCACAAAAAAUUGAUUUGUCGCAUGUUACAUCAAAAGUUAACACAGGUCUACUUUCUUCCAAAAAGUAUGUUCAAAAAGAUCCCAUACCAGCUCAGGACAUUACCAGACCUCAGGCUGGAACAGAAGUUUCUCUGCCUGGGUCACUCUGCUCCUCAUCCUCCUCUACUUCUUCAAUAGAAAGCAGACACUCCAGACAAAGGCAGCCACCCACACGACAAAGGAAUUUGGCCAACUCUAAGAAGAUGGCAACUAAACCAGCACCUUCAAGCACAAGGAUCACCACGGGUUUGCGGAAUCGAGCUCCAUCAGUUGGCAGUCUGGGAUGUGUACAGACUUGUAAGAGUGAUAUACAGAUUGGAGAUCGUGUGGUUGUGGUUGGACAGAGGAGUGGAACAGUACGAUUUUAUGGGAAAACAAGCUUUGCACCAGGUUAUUGGUAUGGGAUUGAGUUAGAUAAACCCAAUGGCAAGAAUGAUGGCUGUGUAGGAGGAGUACAGUAUUUCACUUGUCUGCCAAAACAUGGAGUGUUUGCACCUCCAUCCAGAGUUCAAAGGUAA